CACAGGUCAAUACCUGUCAAACGACGGCAAAAGUACGUUUCUCCGUGUCACUUUGCUGUUGUCGAUAAAUACAUAAAUACGAUGCAUAAAUUGAACAAAACAGAUUCAUGUUGUCCAUUAUGAAAACUUGACCCGUUUCAAUAUUCAUAUCUUCAAAUGGAGAGUUGGGGAUUCGUUACAUACACCAAAGAAUAGUGAAAACGUUACAAGCACAUCCAUUAAAAUGUCGAAGAAUGGUGAAGUGUCAUCAAACCAAGGACCCAGCAGACCUAGUAUGCCGAAACCUGAUUUGAAUCUGUUCAGUACCGAAAAACGCAAAAUUUUGGAUCUUCAAAUCGGCGGGCCCUCGGGAGAUGAUGCGGCUUUCGUGCCUUUCGCGAACUCCGCCGCGGCACCGAGACCUCGCAUACCGGCGCGCACCAUCAGAGAUGUGUUGCCUGAAAACGCAAGGGAUAGAUGCAGGAUUUAUCCGUCUAUGCAGUCGUCGGGUAAGCUGCAGCUGUCUGCGACAGAAAUUUAUGAUUUUACCGCUGAUGACCUGAUUGAUCUGGGAGAAAUUGGACGUGGUGCCUUUGGAGCUGUAAAUAAGAUGGUUCAUAGGAAAACAAACCGUGUGAUGGCUGUGAAACGCAUCCGCUCCACCGUGGACGAGAAGGAGCAGAAACAGCUGCUCAUGGACCUGGAGGUGGUCAUGAAGAGCAAUGACUGUGUAUAUAUCGUGCAGUUCUAUGGAGCGCUGUUCAAAGAGGGUGACUGUUGGAUUUGUAUGGAGCUGAUGGACACCUCUUUAGAUAAAUAUUAUAAGUUCAUAUGCGAGCGGAUGCAAACACGAAUACCAGAAACCAUUAUAGCUAAGAUAACCCUAGCUACCGUGAAAGCUUUAAAUUAUUUAAAAGAGAAGCUAAAAAUUAUUCAUAGGGAUGUAAAGCCAUCAAACAUCCUGCUAGACAGAAGGGGCAAUAUUAAGUUAUGUGACUUCGGUAUUUCGGGCAAGCUGGUGGACUCGAUAGCCCGGACUCGGGACGCCGGGUGCCGUCCGUACAUGGCGCCGGAGCGCAUCGACCCGGGGCGCGCGCGCGGGUACGACGUGCGCUCGGACGUGUGGUCGCUCGGCAUCACGCUCAUGGAGGUGGCCACCGGCGCCUUCCCCUACCCGCGCUGGGGCUCCGUGUUCGAGCAGCUGCAGCAGGUGGUGCAGGGCGACCCGCCGCGCCUCACCAACGCCAACAACGCCUUCUCCAAUAACUUCGUCAAUUUCGUCAACACUUGCCUCAUCAAAGAAGAGAAUCAGCGUCCAAAAUACAACAGGCUGUUGGAACACCCCUUCAUCAAAGGCAUAGACCAGAGCCGGGCAGAGGUAGCGGCGCAUGUCUGCGAAGUGCUGGACGCCAUGGAGCGGAACGGAGUCAGCCCCUUUACCACGGACCAGCCUGCACAGGCCUGGCUAGACUAAGGAACGCCUUAUCCGUGUCUAUGGUCAGGGCUGAUGGUCAGACACAAUGUCUAUGUCUAAGCAUGUGCUGACAGUCUGCAAGAACCACAUUAUCUAUAAAGGCUUAACAAUCACACUCAUGCUAUUGCCUAAUUAGGCAACUACCUAUGGGGCCAGUGCGUUAACACCUCAAAUAGAGACCUAGGCCAAAUUUGCUUUAUCUAGAAGUCAGUACUAAACUAAAUCUGGCUCUAGUUGGCAUCAAUCAGAACAUGAACAUGCAUCAGAGCACCAGUGUUGACACUGAAUGCUGCAAGGAAAACAACCUAAAACAUUGGUUGAUCCAGGCUUGCAACCCACCCACUGAAUUGUUCACGAUAUCUCACUUGCAAACUUACUCCUUCACAUCUGUUAGGUAGCCUUACACGUUUGUAACAAUUAUGCAGUCAGAGUGGAUCACAUUUUAUCACCAAUUAAUAUAAUGUCAUUGAUUCUGAGUGACUGGCUUACCUUCCAUGGCCAUAUUUGAGUUGUCCUUACUUGGGGCAAAUUUGCAUUUCAUUGAUUAUCUUUCCAUGCGAGAGGAAAGAUCUAUAGUAUAUUAAUAAUUAUGUUUAGAGUUGUGCUAUUCUUUAGAACAUUUUCAUUAUGGAAAACAUUGUUAGUCAUGAAUGUUUAUCAUACAAAUUUGAAAAUGUUCUUGUGAAUGGGAUAGUUCUAAUUAUGUUAGUUCAAGUAGUAAAAAUUCUUAUCUUAAAUAUGUAAUCUUUACCAUGAAGUUCACAGAAAUGUUUUGAAGAACAUUUAGUAUGGUUCUGUAACCAAUCUCUAUUUGCACUCCGGGUUCUCCACUUUAUUGUAUAUUUUAUCAAAUGGCAUGUAAAUAUUUAUUAUCUAUUCUAUGCUGUCUUGUGUAUGUACUUUUAUAUAGUAAAUCAUUUUAUAAUAUUAAAGUUUUAUAUCAUCAUCAGUUGUUAUCAGUUAGCCUGGUCAUGAACUUACACAGUGCCGACUUGGCUUCUUUGAGAACCUGGUUUAAUACCUUAAUAUGGAUGUAAAAAGUUGUAUCUGUGUGUGUGAAUUGCUUGAAAUUAGUUUCUUUGGCUAAUGAAAUGAAAUACUUGUUUUAGACUUGGGGCGUACAAUAUGUAGGUAAUUUUAUAAAUUUGUAUAUACAGACGGAUAAUAAUAAUGAAAGUGAGUGAUGGCAUGUAAUUCAUUUCAAUGCAUUAAUUUAUGGCAGCAAAACACUUCAAUUAUUAACUGCAAUAAUACUUCACUACUACUACACUACUUAAACAAUAUCUCAAAUGUAUUUGUUUUGGGUCUCAUGACUAUAAUGUAUUAUGUAUGGUAUAGAUUGAAUUGAAUAGAUAAUUAAUGAAAUAAAUUAGUAUUUUACAAA